GUGCCUCCAAGACGAUCAACCGAUAAAUGUGUCGAUAGCCAGACGCACAGUCGAGCUUUUAUACGAACGAUGCCCGAUCUCCUCUCCAUGCUCCUCCGUCUCAUUCGUCCCGAAAUUGAAUUGGUUAAUUGACAGACUUAAUCGAGAACAGAUUGUCCGACUGAUCGCCUGGGGUGCCAAGUUCGAUCUGUUACAAGCGACAGGGAAAACGCCACGAAAUUACCUCAGUAAAGUACAGGAGGAAGCUCAAAUUAAAAGGAUUUUACUGUAUACUAGCCUAGAUUAUCCUAUUGAACAUGGAUUUGUUAAAGGAAAAGUUAAGUAUAUAACCUAAAACUUGUCACUUGCCAAUUUAAUAGUAUUAUCAAUUCAAUCAUUCUAUAAAACGUUACAGGAAUUCAGGUAAUCCUACUGUAUCUUAUAUGUGAACUAUUAGCCUUCUGUAUCGAUUAUCUAAUAAUUCAUAACUUCUAAUAAGUAACUACAUACAAGUAGUGAUAGAUUUAUUAAGGAAAGUUUCAAGAAAUUUUUUUUAAGUAGGUCUUCCUGAUGGAGAAACCUAUUGUUAUGGACUACAAACAAAUGAAAUUCUAAAUGAUUUAAUUUCAAAUAAAUGAAAAUUCAACAACUUAUUCUCUACAUACACUCAUCAUCCACGUAAGAUUCUUUCCACUGUCCACAAUUGAUCCAUUAAAGUUACUAUCUUAUUUCCGUUAGAACAGAGAGAAAAAUAGAAGAAGGAAACAACAGAAAGAGAGAGAGGCGUAGCUUCGGAGAUUGAGUUAAACCUGUUACAAAUCCCAGUAGAGUCAAUGAAUCUAUCCGUACGAACAUUUCCGCCUUGCGGUGACGACAAAGAAUGAAAGUGAGGAUAGGAAGAGAAAAAGAGAUAAACAACGAUGAGAAAGCGAAAGAAGCGAUAUGGGGGUGGUUGCAAAGGUUCUCCUAGGACGUAUCCACGAUCCUCAUUAAGUAUGGAGGAGCGUAGAUCUCGAUGAAAUUGAGAUGAAUCGCUUCGUGGGACGUCAGGAUUGGCCCCGGUUGGGGGUGGGUGUUUUUUCAGUUGAACGUAGCUUUAUUUCGAAUGAAAUUGACACUGUCGAGGAAAGGGAGAAGAAAAAUAAGGUUUACUCCAUGGAAACGACAAUUGGAUGAAAAAGAAAAGAGAAAGGAAAAAUAGAGUAGUGUAAGAUAGCUUGCACCCCUAUAAAACCAGCGACUGAACACCGUAUCGACAUCAUUCGCCGACAACGUUCCGCGAUAACAUGUACUCAAACGAAGCGAUGAUCGGUUCCGUCGCGUUUCCAUCUUUCAACCGCCUUAUGACCAUCGCAGUUUGCGUAAUGCUAUGUGUGGUCUAUUUGGUGUCCAGCGCUUCCGGAGAAUACGAAGGUAGAGAUUCCUCAAGUAGUACGAGCAAUGACAGAGCACCGAGCAACGAGUUCGGCUCGUGCAGCGACGGCAAAUGCAUCAAACGUACCUCGGAGGAUAUCACCAGUGGUAUGUGGUUUGGCCCACGACUGGGACGACGACGCAGGGCGGACAGAAAACCGGAGGUCGAUUCUGACAUUGAAACUCUCGCCAACGCUCUCGAUGGGUCACGUUGGGCCGUCAUCACGAUUCCAGGAUCAGAUAGGCGUCAAGCAACGCAGUUCACACCCCGUUUGGGAAGAGAAUCAGGUGAGGAAUAUUUCUCAUAUGGGUUUCCAAAGGAUCAGGAAGAGUUGUACGCGGAGGAACAAAUUUUCCCACCUUUGUUUGCAUCACGUUUAGGACGUAAAGUACCUUGGACACCAACUCCGAGGCUUGGACGUCAGUUGCACAAUAUCAUUGAUAAAGCUAGACAGAACUUCGAUGAUGCACGCUUUUAAGACUGGUUCGACCUGCUGGAUGAUUAAUAGCUAAUGAUAUAGUGUAAUUAAGACCAUAUUUAAGAAAAUAAAGGACUUGUAUUUAUUUGUAUUAUAAUCGAAGAAUGCCCGAUAUUUGUCCUGUUUCAUUAGUUUUUAUUUUUAUUCUUUCUCUUUUCUUUGUGAAAUGAAGGUUGGUCUUAUAUGUAAUUGAUUAGAAGUUAGAUUAAGUUUGAAGUAAUGGACUAGUAUACGUAUUCACUUAUGUUAUAAUAAAGGGAUGUUUAGCAUUGUUCUACUUUAA